UUCAUAUGGAGCGUCUUAACUCCAUGCGCUGGGAAGGAGAGGACCUGGCCACUAGGCCGGGGCCGGGGGUCCUUUUUGUCUGAUUCUACUGCCCCUGAGCUUCACUAGUUUUAUGCCCCAGUUAUUUGGUUAGUAAGGCUUUUACGAUCACAGGCCUCUCCCAGCCCUUUGCUUUCAUAUAUUGACCUAAAUCCCAAGUCUUUUGUUAACAUUAUGGAAAGGAAUUAUUCCGUGUUUUCUCAGGAAAACACCCAGAGUUGGAACUUUUAUUUAUUUCAUUAGCGGAGGGGCGCCACUGGGGAUAACGAACCCAGAUUUGGUUAAAGGAUAGCGUCAGGGACAUCAUGGACAGGGCCAGGACUAAGGCCAAUCUGGACCCACUUUGCUCUCACUUCUUCCUUUUCCCUCCCUGAGUUGGACAGUUGGAUUCACAGACUAUGGCUGUGAAUUCCUCAGGUUACUCAAGGUGGUGUUGCUUUGCAGACAGCUGGCAGAGAGAGAAGUUGGCUAGCAUGGAAUCACCGGAGGAGCCUGGAGCAUCCAUGGAUGAGAACUACUUUGUGAACUACACUUUCAAAGAUCGGUCACAUUCAGGCCGUGUGGCUCAAGGCAUCAUGAAACUGUGUCUAGAGGAGGAGCUCUUUGCUGAUGUCACCAUUUCGGUGGAAGGCCGGGAGUUUCAGCUCCAUCGGCUGGUCCUCUCAGCUCAGAGCUGCUUCUUCCGAUCCAUGUUCACUUCCAACCUGAAGGAGGCCCACAACCGGGUGAUUGUGCUGCAGGAUGUCAGCGAGUCUGUUUUCCAGCUCCUGGUUGAUUAUAUCUACCAUGGGACUGUGAAACUUCGAGCUGAGGAGUUGCAGGAAAUUUAUGAGGUGUCAGACAUGUAUCAGCUGACAUCUCUCUUUGAGGAAUGCUCUCGGUUUUUGGCCCGCACAGUGCAAGUGGGAAACUGCCUUCAGGUGAUGUGGCUGGCAGAUCGGCACAGUGAUCCUGAGCUCUAUACGGCUGCCAAGCACUGUGCCAAGACCCACCUGGCCCAGCUGCAGAAUACAGAGGAAUUUCUCCACUUGCCCCACCACUUACUCACAGAUAUCAUCUCGGAUGGAGUUCCGUGUUCUCAGAACCCAACAGAGGCAAUAGAAGCCUGGAUCAACUUUAAUAAAGAGGAAAGAGAGGCUUUUGCAGAGUCACUCAGGACAAGCUUGAAGGAAAUUGGGGAGAAUGUGCACAUUUACCUGAUUGGGAAAGAGUCAUCUCGUACCCACUCGUUGGCUGUGUCCUUGCACUGUGCAGAAGAUGACUCCAUCAGUGUAAGUGGCCAAAACAGUUUGUGCCACCAGAUCACUGCAGCCUGCAAGCAUGGUGGAGACUUGUAUGUGGUGGGAGGGUCCAUCCCACGGCGCAUGUGGAAGUGCAACAAUGCCACCGUUGACUGGGAGUGGUGUGCUCCUUUGCCUCGGGACCGGCUCCAGCACACCCUGGUGUCUGUGCCCGGGAAAGAUGCCAUAUAUUCACUGGGUGGCAAGACACUGCAAGAUACCCUCUCCAACGCAGUCAUUUAUUAUCGCGUAGGUGAUAAUGUGUGGACAGAGACAACCCAGCUAGAGGUGGCUGUGUCAGGGGCUGCUGGUGCCAACCUCAACGGGAUCAUCUACUUACUAGGGGGGGAGGAGAAUGAUCUGGACUUCUUUACCAAACCUUCCCGACUCAUCCAGUGCUUUGACACAGAGACAGACAAAUGCCAUGUGAAGCCCUAUGUGCUGCCCUUUGCAGGCCGCAUGCACGCAGCUGUGCAUAAAGAUCUGGUGUUCAUCGUGGCUGAAGGGGACUCCCUGGUGUGCUACAAUCCCUUGCUAGACAGCUUCACCCGGCUUUGCCUUCCUGAGGCCUGGAGCUCUGCUCCAUCCCUCUGGAAGAUUGCCAGCUGUAACGGGAGCAUCUAUGUCUUCCGGGACCGAUAUAAAAAGGGGGAUGCCAACACCUACAAGCUUGACCCUGCCACUUCAGCCGUAACUGUCACAAGAGGUAUUAAGGUGCUGCUUACCAAUUUGCAGUUUGUGUUGGCCUAAGGCUGUGGGGAGGGGAGGAGAACUGCUCACUCCUUUUCCCUCCCCAUACAAACUCAAAGUCCCCUGGGCCCCAAUUCAGAGUUAUGUUUUUUUUGGCACAUACUAGAAAGUCAGUGCCUCAGCCCUUCCCUGAAUCCAUGGAGGUGUUCUGUUUGGGGCUUUUUAGACUGCUGCUGCUCAGCUGGUUGCUUGAACUGACAGUAGGCCAGCCUGUUCUCUGCCAUUCCCUAGUCAUCCUGUGCUCCCUAGUCAUCCUGUGCCUCACCACAGCUUGCUUAGAGCAAGCCUUUUCUCAGACCUUAGGCACAGCCUCUCCUCUUUACCUGAUCAAUGUUAAAUGUAAGCACCCCUGAUCCCAGGACAUAAGGAAAGAUGCCCAAUUGUACUUUUGUUCUAUAGCCUGUGAAAUGGCUAGUUGGUCAUUUUUCCACAAAGAAUUAGGUGUUAAGAGUUUUCCUUCAGGCUUUACUUAGGAGAAUGGACUAAGCUGAAGGUGUACUUCACCAGCAAGAGUCAACUCUAGAAUUCAGGAUGUUCCUUCUAUUGUUUUCUUAUCCAUCUGUCAGGAAAUGUAACUUUGGUUUUAUUUUUGGCUUAUUCCAAGGGGUAAGCCAGAAAAUAGAAAUGAUUAUUUCUGAUUAAUAGCAGAAACUUUUUCAAUCUCAAAUAUAUAAGGUGUCUGCUCUUUUAAAAGCUCUAAGCUAAGUCAAGAGCUAGGAACUGUUGAUACAAAUAAAAGUUUUUGAAGGGA